AUGGACAUCAAGACCGAUCCAGCCGUCCAAAUCCCUGACCUUGCCCAAUCCAAGGAUACAGACCCAGUGACGAAAGACAUUGAAGCGAAAGCAACCCAUAUCAACGGUCUCGAUCUCCUAAACGCUACGCCCCAAGAACUCCGCCGUGUUAUCAGGAAGCUAGACUUUUACCUUCUCCCAUUGUUCUUCAUCCUGUAUACGUUCUCUGUACUUGACCGCUCAAAUCUCGGAAACGCUCGUCUUGUCGGUCUUCCUGAGGACAUUGAUGUCUCUGGCAAUCGCUAUGAAUGGCUUGGAAACACAUUCUAUAUUGCGUAUAUUGUGUUUCAAUUCAAUGUGCUGGGAUGGAAGAUCUUCAAAGCACAUAAGUGGGUAGCGUUUGUUGUUGCGUUCUGGGGCAUUGCGAGCACGCUUCAGGCUGCGUGCUUCGGAUAUGGUGCGCUGGUGGUGUGUCGUUUCUUUCUGGGGUGGGCGGAGACUAUGUUUGGGCCGGGCGUGAGUUUGUAUUUCAGCUACUUCUGGCCGAGAGAAGCACUGGGUCUGCGCUUUGGGUUCUUUCUCUCCGGUGCAGCACUUGCAAAUGCUUACGGCGGGGCUCUGGCAUUCGGUUUAGGCAACAUAAAUUCCGGUAUCAGUAACUGGCGCUUGCUCUUCAUCAUUGAGGGUGCGCCAACAGCUCUACUGGCUAUAGUCUGCUGGUUCUACGUCCCAGACUCGCCCUCAAAAGCUCGCUUCCUAAAUGAGCGCGAAAAGCAAAUAGCGCAAGCAUAUGCAAACAACCAACCCGGAGACUUCAAGACUGAGGGUCUAAACCUCAGUCAACUCGGCGACGCAUUCAAAGACUAUAAGAACUGGCUCUUCGCGCUCAUGAACUUCUCCGUCAACGUCUCUUUCGCCAGCCUACCUCUCUUCCUCCCUACCAUAAUUUCUGAAUUCGGCUCCUUCUCCCGCAUUGAGUCGAACGGGUUUUCCGCACCACCCUAUGCGCUCUGUUUCAUCAUGAUCAUAGUCACCGCCAUCGUAUCCGACAAACUCAGAUUACGAGGUCCAUUUGUAUUCUUUUUCGCGCUGCUGUCGGCAGUGGGAUGGUUGAUUUUAGCCACAGCAACCACAGCAGCAGCGCGCUAUGUGGCCACUUUCCUUGCAGUACUGAUCUUUGUCAGCGUGGCUAUGCUACUUACAUGGACUGCGAACACCAACGAGACAAGCUCGAAACGUGCGGGCGGGCUGUGGAUCGUACAGACAGUGGGACAGUGUGGGACGGUACUGGGCACGAAUAUGUUUCCCAAGAGCGAGGCACCGUAUUACAGGCGUGGUAUGUGGGUGGGCUGUGCGUUCAGUUUCAUUGUCAUGUUGUCUGCAGGAGUGCUGAGUUUCAUGUUGUGGAGAGAGAAUCGAAGGCGUGAUAGGCGACAUGGAAGGCCGGAGGUCGGGGUACAGGUUGAUAUGAAUGAUUUGGAAGAUGUAGAGAGAAACUUGCGGUAUAUCAUCUGA